AUGUCGCUGCAGAUAUUGCUUGUGCCCUCGGUACAGAGGAUCAUUCGUAUUAGUCCUCCGCCCCCUGUCCUUCCUCAGUCUUCCGCCACUGCUCGGACAGAUCACUUUGUUGCUCUCCCAAAUGAGCUCCUUUUAUUGAUUUUCUCCCUCCUUGAAGCAGAGCAGUCCCCUCACGAGAUCAAGCUGGCACAAUGGAGUCCUCUGACCAGAGUUUGCCGACGGUGGCGCGAUGUUGCAGAAACCCUCCUCUACCGGACCCUCUUGUUGAAAGACCGCAACCCUCGCAUCGUUAAAUGGUGGGCAGCUGAUAAACAGAGACUGGCAAAACUACUGUCGACGCUGCAAAAGAGACCCCAUCUUCGCCACUAUACCCAGUCUUUGCAUGUCACCGCCGACGAUGAUGCAUUCUCCGAGGAUAUCCUUCACAUCAUGGAUCUUCUCCCUUGCGUUCGGCAACUGACGAUUCAAUUGGACCUUGUUAAAGAUUCAUACUUCCCUCUUCUGCACAGCAUCGGGAAGAUGAAGCUCGAAACACUCGAGUUUGUCGGAUACGGCGCGGCUCCUUCGUUGAACCUGCUGUUCAUUGUCUUGAGCCAGAUGCCAACCUUGAGGAGACUGUCCACCUACCGUUGGGGCUGGUGUCGGGAUGGCAGCAUAUAUACAAGCUUUGUACACGAUGACAGUGCUUCUAUGACAUCGGAAGAACUUUCGCAGCUUCUUCCUCUUAAUAAACAAGGAACAUCCGCACUGACCAGCCUGGAUCUGCAAGACCCCAAGACAUCGAUUGAGGUAACGGAAUGUUUUCUUCGAUGGCCCACUCGACUUGAGGAGAUCAGUCUCAUAUCACUCUGCUACGGACCGUAUGAGCGUCAGUACGAUGCUCGCGGCGUCCAGCGACUGCUUUCAAUCCACAAGGACUGGCUGCAAAAGAUAACCCUUGGCCCUAUUCCGCCACAAGGAGAAGACAUUCCCGACUUUUCAGACUUUCCUUGCCUUUACGAUUUACAUGUAACUCUGUACAAGUCUUCCUCCAACGGCCGUGAGACGCCGUACGCCACCUAUAAGAAGAUUGCAGCACCCAGUCUCCGACAUCUCGAAAUUGACCUGGGCAAUGAACGCCAGCCGAAUGAUCAGUGGGUCGCCGAGUUUCUUGCUCUUGUGCGACUUGGACGGAAGAAAUAUCAUCCACAAACAUGUCUCCAGUGGGUGGAUGUGAAGUUCUGCCGAUGGGGUGAUUUGGCCAUGGGACUUGCGCGGAGGAGCAGUAUCACCUGUGAGAGUGUGCGAUAUCACAUCGACGUCCAGUGA